ACCCCAUCUCGGACGUUUGUUUUCUUUCCACCUGUCCUAGUCGCGACUCCGGUAUAGCGCCCGCCCGGCAGACGCCUCCUCGUCCGCUCCACACAUGCUGCGUGUGUUCGUCCUGUGUGCUGAGAAUGCGCUGACGCACGAUCAGGACAUCAGCGAUGCCUACUGCUCCGUCACAUAUGAAGGGACGAAGAAGAAGACUAAAGUGGUCAAGAACAAUGUUAACCCAGUAUGGAAUGAGGGCUUUGAGUGGGACCUGAAAGGAGUGCCAUUAGACUCUGGUGCACAGGUCCAUGUGGUGGUCAAAGACCAUGAGAAAAUGGGCAGGAACAGGUUCCUGGGGGAAUGCCGCGUCUCUCUUCGAGACGUCCUCAACUCCCCCAACCUAGCGGCAACCUUCACCGUGUCCUUAGUAGACACCAAAAAGAAUAACACUGGGGCUACAGUAACCCUGCAGGUCUCCUACAUCCCUCCUCCUGGAAUGGCCCCCAUCUUCCAGCCUCCUCCCCAACCGGAGGCCGUGCACACGCCCGUAGAACUGGACACUGUGACAGUCUUCUCGUUGGACACCAUGGGCGAGGACGACACGGAGAGCAUGCUGAUGAUGGAGACGGUGGAGGAGCCGGAGCCCAUGCCAGGCACCCCGGGGCCCCAGGAGCCAGGGGUGCCCACCGCCCCGCCCAAAAGAGCACCCCCAAACUUCAACCCCAGUCUGAAGAAGAAGAAGCGCCAUAGCACGAGCAAAGCACCCCUACCAAAUAAACCCCAGGACCUGCAGGUACGGGUACGAAUUAUUGAGGGUCGACAGCUGCCAGGUGUUAACAUCAAGCCUGUUGUGAAGGUCACUGUGGGUGGACAGACAAAGAGGACUCGUAUACGGAAAGGCAACAACCCGUUCUUUGAUGAGACUUUCUUCUUGAACUACUAUGAAACACCAUCAGACCUGUUUGAUGAACCCAUAUUCAUCACAGUGCUGGACUCCAAGUCCUUGCGGACGGAUUCUGUGAUUGGUGAAUUCAAGAUGGAUGUGGGCAUGGUGUAUCACGAACACAGACACGCAUUCCUCAGGAAGUGGCUUCUGCUCUCUGACCCCGAUGACCUCUCGGCAGGUGCUAGGGGUUACCUGAAAGUCAGCCUGUUUGUGCUGGCUGCAGGCGACGAACCACCAAUGGAUAGAAAAGAGGGUGUGGAGGAGAAGGAGGACAUUGAGGGGAAUCUACUGCGCCCUGCGGGGCUCACCCUUAGAGGAGCCAUUUUCACACUCCGAGUGUUCAGAGCAGAAGAUCUCCCGCAGAUGGAUGAUGCAUUCAUGGAUGGCAUGAGACAGGUUCUAGGAUUUGAUUCUAACAGGAAGAACCUGGUUGAUCCUCUUGUGGAGGUCAACUUUGCUGGGAAAACGAUCUGCAGUAAGAUCCUGGAGAAGAACGCCAAUCCACAGUGGAACCAGAGCUUGACUCUGCCUGUUCGGUUUCCUUCUAUGUGUGAGAAGAUGAGGAUCCGUGUGUUAGACUGGGAUCGAGCUAGUCACAACGAUGUGAUUGGAACGUUAAACCUGUGCAUGUCUAAGGUCUCGGCCCCCGGAGGUGAGAUAGAAGUGGACGACAGUGUGGGUUUCCUGCCAACGUUUGGACCCUGUUAUGUCAACAUGUACGGGAGUCUUCGAGAGUUCAGUGUCCUUACUGACCCCCAUGAGGUCCUCAACCUGGGCAAGGGUGAAGGAGUGGCAUACCGUGGCCGCGUGCUGGUGGAGCUCAACACCAAGCUGGUGGACCGGGGGGAGCAUCGGGUGGAGGACAUCCCUUUUGAUGACCUUCUGGUGGUGGAGAAGUUCAUGCGGAAAAGGAAGUACUCCCUCUUCGCAGCGUUCUACUCAGCCACUCUCCUGCAGGAUGUUGACGACGCUAUUCAGUUCGAGGUCAGCAUUGGUAACUACGGCAACAAGUUUGACCACACCUGCCUCCCUUUGGCCUCCACCACCCAGUUCAGCAGGGCUGUGUUCGACGGUUGUCAUUACUACUAUCUGCCGUGGGGGAACGUGAAGCCGGUGGUGGUGCUGUCGUCAGAGUGGGAGGACAUCAGCCCACGCAUUGAGGCUCUCAACAUGCUGCUUACUACUGCUGAACAUGUGGAGUCCAACCUGCUGCAGGUACAGCUGGAGCUGAAAGCAGGAAAUGACCUGGAGGAUGUGGAAGCAAAGCUGGUCCAGCUCCUGGACGACGUCAUAGCAGAUUGCAGUGAGGAACUGCCGGAGAUCGACGACUGGCCAUGCGUGACGGCGCUGGACAGAUCCCUGAGAAACCUGCGCAAGGUGAACCUGCAGCAGAUCGUGGAGGCGGCGCUGUCCCUCAAGCACGGAGCGGCCACGGACGUGAGCAUGGUGCUGGAGCUCGCCGAGGACUGGGCCCUGAGGCUGCGCAGCUUGGCUGAAGAGCCCCAAAACAGCCUGCCGGACAUCGUGAUCUGGAUGCUCCAGGGGGACCGGCGGGUGGCGUACCACCGCAUCCCUGCCCACCAGGUGCUCUUCUCCCAGGGGUACUGCGGGAAGCACUGUGGCCAGCUCCAGACCAUCCUCAUGAAGUACCCACAGGAGGUGGAGGGCGGCGCCAAGAUCCCGGCGCAGCUCCGGGUGAAGGUGUGGUUUGGGCUGGCGGCAGACGUGAAACACUUCAACCAGUUCGCCGAAGGGAAGCUGUCCGUGUUUGCCGAGUCGUAUGAGAACCAGACCAAGCUGGCGCUGGUGGGGAACUGGGGCACCACGGGGCUCUCCUACCCAAAGUUCAGCGACGUGACCGGCAGAGUCAAGCUCCCCAAGGAGAGCUUCAAACCCUCGCCGGGCUGGAACUGGGGCGGAGACUGGUUCAUCAGUCCAGAGAAAACGUUGCUGUACGACACUGACGCAGGACACAUGAGUUUUGUGGAGGAGGUUUUUGAGAACCAGAUGCGGUUGCCAGGGGGACAGUGGAUCGGAAUGCCAGAAGGAUUCACUGAUGUGAAUGGGGAGAAGGCCAUUCCUAAAGAGGAGAUCGAGUGUCCGCCAGGUUGGGUGUGGGAGGACGUGGAGUGGAGCGAGGACCUGAACCGCGCCGUGGACGACCAAGGGUGGGAGUACGGCAUCACCAUUCCCCCCGACCGCCGCCCCAAGGCCUGGGUCCCGGCGGAGAAGAUGUACCACACCAACCGCAGGAGACGCUGGGUCCGCCUGAGGAGGAGGGACCUGCAGAAGAUGGAGGCCCUGAGAAAGCAGCGUCCAGAUGAGUCAGACCUGGAGGGCUGGGAGUACGCGUCUCUGUUUGGCUGGAAGUUCCACCUAAAGCCGCGCAAGACCGACUCGUUCCGCCGCCGCCGCUGGCGCCGCCGCAUGGAGCCGCUGGAGAAGACGGGCCCGGCGGCCAUCUUUGCCCUCGAGGGCUCACUGGGGAGCGUGACAGAAGAUUGGAAGGAUGACAAGUCCGUUACUACAACCUUUGGAGUCAAUCGUCCAACCAUAUCUUGCUUUUUUGACAGUGGAGCUCGUUAUCACCUUCGCUGUUAUCUCUACCAGGCAAGAGAUCUGAUCGCCAUGGAUAAGGACAGCUUCUCAGAUCCCUACGCGAUUGUGUCCUUCUUGCAUCAAAGCCAGACGACCGUGACGGUGAAGAACACGCUCAACCCCACCUGGGACCAGACGCUCAUCUUCUACGAGGUGGAGAUCUUCGGAGACUGCGACGUCACCGACAAGAACCCCCCCAACGUCGUGGUCGAGCUGUACGACCAGGACACCUACGGGGCAGAUGAGUUUAUGGGCCGCUGCGUGUGCCAGCCCUCCAUGGUGGCCUCUCCUCGCCUGGCCUGGUUCCCCGUCCAGAGGAGCGGAAAGCCGGCUGGAGAGCUGCUCGCCGCCUUUGAGCUCAUCCGCAGGGAGAAGGCCUCAAUUCAUCACAUCCCUGGUCAGGAGGGGGACAUAAUGCCUCCUGCCCAUAUCAUGGAUGAGCUUAUUCUCCCAGGAUUCCUCUCUGAAAACCAGCAGCAAUGGCCAGAGGAGUCCGACCUGCCCUACCCGCCCCCUCAGAGAGAGCCCAAUGUGUUCAUGGUUCCUCAGGGUAUCCGGCCCGUACUCCAGCGCACUGCAAUAGAGAUCUUGGCAUGGGGAUUGCGUAACCUGAAGAGUUUUCAGAUGGCCAGCGUGACCUCCCCGAGCCUGCAGGUGGAGUGCGGCGGCCGCAUGGUGCAGUCCUGUGUCAUCCGCAACACCAAGAAGAACCCCAACUUCGACGUCAACACGCUCUUCAUCGACGUGCGGCUGCCACAGGAGGAGCUCUACAUGCCGCCCUUGGUCAUCAAGGUGAUCGACAACAGGCAGUUUGGCAGGAAGCCUGUGGUGGGCCAGUGCACCAUCCGCUACCUGGAGGAGUUCCGCUGCCAGGAGGAGGACCUGGAGGGAGACCCCACAGAGGAUGACAUGGGAGCCAUGGCACUAACCCCCCGGGACGACAUCCUGAUUGACAUCGACGACAAAGAGCUCCUCAUACCUGGACAGCUAGCAGAUGGAACCAGCUCUGCCAUUAUUAACAUCUCUUCUUCUCGGUCCAGUCUACAUGAGGAUGAGUUCAUGGACUGGUGGAGCAAGUUCUACGCCUCGACGGGAGAGAGGAAUAAGUGCGGGACCUACCUGGAGAAAGGCCUCGACACACUGCAGAUCUACGACCGAGAGCUGGAGAGGGUGGACGGUUUCGAGAAGUUGGCAGACUUCUGCCAGACCUUCAAGCUGUAUCGUGGUAGAACUCAGGACGAGAGCGAGGACCCAUCUGUUGUGGGAGAAUUCAAAGGCAUGUUUAAGAUCUACCCGCUGCCCGAUGACCCGUCCACCCCCAUGCCAGCGCGCCAGUUCAGCCUGCUGCCCCCCAACGGCACCGCCGAGUGCCUGGUGCGAGUUUACAUCAUCCAGGCCAGCGGCCUGCAGCCCAAAGACACCAAUGGCAAGUGUGACCCCUAUGUCAAGAUCACCAUGGGCAAGAAGAGCAUCAACGACCAGGACCACUACAUCCCCUGCACCCUGGACCCUGUGUUUGGAAGGAUGUUUGAACUUAGCUGCACGCUGCCCCUGGAGAAGGACCUCAGGAUCAUGCUGUACGACUACGACAUGCUGACGAAGGACGAGAAGAUCGGCGAGACCGUCAUCGACCUGGAGAACCGCUUCUUGUCACGCUACGGAGGCCGGUGCGGUCUCCCGCAGUCCUACUGCGUGUCAGGUGUGAACCAGUGGCGUGGCCAGCUCAAGCCCACCCAGCUCCUCCAGCGGUUGUGCGAGAGGAGGAACUACCGGCUGCCCGUCUACAAGCCCGACAGCGUCCACUUCAGAGGGCUGGAGUACACGGCCGCCGACCUGGGGGACUCCAGAUACGGAGGCGAGGCCUCGACGGCCAACCCUCACUUGGGGCCGCUGCAGGAGCGUCUGGCCCUCCUCAUCCUGCGCCGCCAGGGCCUGGUGCCCGAGCACGUGGAGACCCGCCGCCUCUACAGUCCCCUGCAGCCGGACAUCGAGCAGGGGAGGUUGCAGAUGUGGGUUGACAUAUUCCCCAAGUCCUUUGGACCACCAGGGCCUCCCUUCAACAUUACACCUCGCAAAGCCAAGAAGUUCUUCCUCCGAUGUGUCAUAUGGAACACCAGUGAUGUCAUUCUCGAUGACGUCAGCCUUAGCGGGGAGAAGAUGAGCGACAUCUACGUAAAGGGCUGGCUGCACGGGCACGAGGGGAACAAGCAGAAGACGGACGUGCACUACCGCUCCCUGGGGGGCGAGGGCAACUUCAACUGGCGUUUCCUCUUCCCGUUCCACUACCUGCCCGCAGAGCAGCUCUGUGUCGUGGACAGAAAGGAACACUUCUGGAGUUUGGACAAGGCUGAGGCCAAGCUUCCCCCCAAGAUCACCAUCCAGAUCUGGGACAAUGACAAGUUCUCCUUCGACGACUAUCUGGGCUGUUUAGACAUGGAUCUGAAUCACAUGCUGCGGCCUGCCAAGUCUGCUGAGAAGUGCACCCUGGAUCUGCUGCACCAGGCCCCCGAGAAGCUCGUCUCCCUGUUCGAGCAGAAGACCGUGAAGGGCUGGUGGCCCUGUGUGUGCGACAGCAACGGGGAGAAAGUCCUUGCCGGAAAAGUGGAGAUGUCGCUGGAGAUUGUGGCGGAGCACGAGCAGGACGAGAGGCCCGCUGGGCAGGGCAGGGACGAGCCCAACAUGAACCCCCACCUGGAGGACCCCCAGCGUCCGGACACUUCCUUCCUGUGGUUCUCCUCUCCGUACAAGACCCUGAAGUACAUCAUAUGGAGGCGCUUCAAGUGGCUCAUCCUUCUGUUUGUCAUUCUCUUCUUCAUCCUGCUCUUCGCUGGAGUCUUCCUCUAUUCCUUCCCGAACUACGCGGCUAUGAAGCUGGUGUCCCCCUUUGGAGGAGGAGAGAAGGGGACUCAGUGAUGAGCCAUCCUGCACGGGCUGGGGGGCAGUUAGG